CUCCCUGCAGUAUGGACACUCCCCACCUCUCCACGCGCAAGAACUACACCUCCGACCUUCCUCACACAUGACGCCCGGCAUAAUGACGGCUCCCCAGACGAACGGCGCCACCGUCAAUGGCACUCCCAAGUACCGAAGAGUCACCUCGCAACCCGAGAACCCGUUUGCCCAGUUGAUCCCCGAUCAGAACAUCGCCAUCAUCCCGCAGGUCACCCUCGAAUCCGGCGUCGUGCUCCAUAAUGUUCCCGUCGCGUACAAGACCUACGGCACCCUGGCACCAGGCCGAGACAAUGCGAUGGUGAUAUGUCAUGCGCUCACCGGGAGCGCUGAUGUAGGAGACUGGUGGGGCCCGCUCCUCGGGGGACCCGGGAAAGCAUUUGAUAUUUCGAGAUUCUUCGUUGUGUGCAUCAACAGCCUGGGCAGCCCGUACGGCAGCGCAAGCCCAGUCACGGCCAAAGAUGGUGACCCUUCCCUGGGUUUGUAUGGGCCUGAGUUUCCCUUGACAACAGUCAGGGACGAUGUCAACAUCUUCAAGCUCGUCCUUGACGAUCUUGGCGUGCGGCAAAUCGCUGUGGUCAUCGGAGGCUCCAUGGGUGGCAUGCUUGUUCUAGAGUUUGCCUACUUCGGGAGAGACUAUGUCAAGAGUAUCAUCCCGAUUGCUACGUCCGCUCGAUACAGUGCUUGGGGGAUUAGCUGGGGCGAGGCACAACGGCAGAGCAUCUACUCCGAUCCGAAAUACGAUGAUGGAUACUAUACGUUUGAGGAUCCCCCUUCGACAGGACUUGGAGCAGCACGCAUGUCUGCUCUUCUCACAUAUCGUAGCCGAGACUCGUUUGAAUCGCGUUUCGGACGCAACACUCCCGAUCUGUCGAAAAAGCAGAACAUUAAUAUAAUCCCCCGCCCGAACACACCUUCUCACCCGUCGCAUCAGCACUGGGCGAUCCACAACGAUGGCCAUAAGAAUGCCAGAUCUCCCCGGCCAUCGCGGACAAACAGCGCUGCCGCUUUAUCCAAUGCAGCAAGUCAAGCGGACCUCGAAUUCAAGAACGCUUCCAACCCCUCCACACCUCGGCCGACAGAAGCAGUAGUUACGAAUGCUAACGGCCAUUCGAAGAAGCGUCAUACACCUCACUACUUCUCCGCGCAAUCGUAUCUGCGCUAUCAGGGAGAAAAAUUUAUAAAGCGUUUUGACGCGAAUUGCUAUAUCGCCAUAACCCGCAAGCUAGAUACCCACGAUAUUUCCCGCCAUCGCUACCCUGAAGGCACCGAUCCCGAUACCCUCGACCCCAUAUCAGCUCUCCAACAUGCGCUUUCGCUCAUUGAGCAGCCGACGCUCGUUCUUGGCAUUCAAUCCGACGGCCUCUUCACGUUUGCAGAGCAGCAGGAACUGGCCGCGCAUAUCCCGAACGCUAUACUGAAGACUAUCGACUCUCCUGAUGGCCAUGAUGCCUUCUUACUGGAAUUUGAGCAGGUUAACAGGCAUCUUCUUGGCUUCUUGAACGAAGUUCUUCCACUUAUCAUGGAGCGAAGUCCGAACGUCGAUAGCGUUAAUAUGGUAGACUCCGGCAUGGCUGCGACGAAAACCAGCACUUUCGGUGAGGCCGAAGUGGGAGACAUUACUGCAUGGUGAGUUGAGGUAU